CUCUUUUUUUCUUAAUCUUCUGCUCCCUUUUCUUCUAACAUCCGCUUCAUCUCCAUCCCGUUUCUUGAUACUCUUCGGUUUCUCUCUCUUCCUCCGCCUCCUCUGUUCAUUAAUUCCCCUUUUUUUAACGGAGGGGGGGGGGUAAAAUGUGAAACCCUCCGACAAAGUAUCGAUCACCUGUAAUCGCCCCGAUCGUGUUUGCACAAGUGACUCGACAAUCAACAAGAAGAUCAAGUUUUCCGGCCGAGCCCGUGUCUUCUACUACAUAGUAUUACCAAAAUAACAAGCAUGUCUCUCACAAAUCUUGCGUCAUUCCUGGUCGUAGCGAGUUUCCUUUUUCUAUCUUUGACUGUCGCCGACGAUAGCGGAAUAAAUGAUGACCAGCAGCCGGUCGUCAAAACAGCCACGGCUACUAUUCGCGGUAAGCGGUUUGAGGUCAGCUCAAAACUAUUACCUGGUUUUGAGCGAACGGUAGAUGUGUAUUCACGCCUUCCUUAUGCCGAUCCACCUGUUGGUGAUCUACGAUAUACACGGCCUGUUCCCAGGUCAAUAGAAGGAGACUUCGAGGCAACAAGAGAUCCUAUAGGAUGUGCUCAAGUUCUGAGCCCUUUCUUUGUUAUGGACAUCCCAUUUUCGGAGGACUGUCUUUAUCUAGAUGUAACUGUCCCUAAUCCAAAGCCUAACAAUGGAGCUGUGAUGGUAUGGAUACAUGGUGGUGGUUAUCAUGUUGGAGCAGGCAGAAUGUCAGAAAAAGACACUUUGUUCUAUGCAGCCAGAGCUGAUGUUAUUCUUGUAACCAUGAAUUACCGUCUUGGCAUGCUUGGCUUUAUGACAACAGGGGAUGAUACCAUGCCUGCCAAUCUGGGACUUCUAGAUCAACGUCAGGCUUUAAUUUGGAUACAAGAAAAUAUAGCUGCAUUUGGUGGUGAUCCUAGUAGAGUUACAAUUUUUGGAGAAAGUGCUGGAUCUGGGAGCGUGAACCUCCAUCUUCUAUCAACCAUGAGUGCUGGGCUGUUUUCUGGUGCUAUUAUGCAGAGUGGUGCUUUGGCCAUGUGGACACAUCACUCUGACAAGCAAACCACAGUUGAUAUGACCAAAGCCUUUGCAAUGGAAUUAGGAUGUGAUGUAUCUUCAUCUGUGGAAAUUGUGACAUGCCUCAGAGGAAAGUCAGUUGAAGACAUGAAAAAGGUCCAGUCAAAUGUAACAAUGGAAAUUGCUCGUUACAUGGCUUCUCCUGUUCCUGAUGGAGAGUUCCUACUCAAAGAUCCUUACUUGUUGGCAGCAGAAGGUUCUUUCAAUCCAGCAAACAUCAUGAUAGGCUGUCUUUCUGAGGAAGGUAAUAUUGCUGCAAUGCCUGCCAUGUUCGGUCAAGAAGGACCAGGAAAGGCAGUUGUUGAUGAAGAAGCUUACAGAGGAUACAUGACCAAUGUUAUGCAGAUGGCUGAUCCAGUAACACAGGAUAUUGCAGCAUUUGUCUUUGGCUCUGACAAAAUGUUUAGCACUCCUGCACCUGAUUAUGUUGAGGUGGCUUCUGGUAUUCUUGGAGACACUAUGUUUGUAUGUCCAACAUUUACCCUGGCACAGCAGAUAGCUCAGGCAGGAAGGAAUGUCUUUACCUACUUUAUGACCCAUGAACCCAGUCACUCAAUGUGGGGGAAGAAUAUGACUGGAUAUGGAGCAACGCAUGGAGAAGACCUACAAUAUGUAUUUGGUAUUCCUUUCCUCUAUGAUGUUGAUGAAGAUAAAGAUUAUUACAUGGUAGGACGUUUGAAUGAAGAAGAGAUUGGACUUUCCUUGCAGAUGAUCAGAUAUUGGUCAAACUUUGGCAAGACAGGUGAUCCCAACCUUUCCUCUGUUGAAUCUGAUGAAGUUCUGGAGGCUGAUUUUCCUGUUUGGCCAAAGUACACUACAACUGAAACAGGAUACAAAGAGAUCACUGCUUCUUUUGAGAAUAGAUAUGGCAAUCCUAAUGUCAAGAGGUGCCAUUUCCUGGAAAGCAUACUGCCAAAACUUCUAGGAAAUGCAGCUGAGAUGGAGCGAUUGAAAUCACUGUUGGAAGAGAAAGUCAGUGAUGACAGUAAUAAAAGCUGUGAUGAUCCUGAGUCAUGCCCAUAGACCUACCAUCUAACAAAGAUUUAUCUGCUAAGAUCAUGAUAGAAGUAUUAAAUGUGAUUUUAUAAACAAUAUAACUAUUGUGCAAAUAUAUACAAAUUUAUUUGCAAUAAUAUAGAACUAGGAAACAAUCAUAAUUUAGUAAAUGCUAUGUGUUUACUAGGUUUUGAGAGAUUCCCCAAUAUUAUUGACUUGAAAAGUCAUAUGAUUCAAGUCAUAUUAUGUGGAUGUUAAAAAGUGUAUGAACUUUUGAGCUCUAAAUCAAUAUUUUCCAGUGCAUGUUUGACUUCAAUUAAAAUUGAAGUUGUCCACAGAUGGAUUGCAAUUUUAAUUGAAACAAAAUUCAAGUGAAUAAUAUUCAUUACUUAGAUGGGUAAAAUAAUGAAUGCUUGGUCAGUAUUAUUGUAAGCCAAAACAUUGAGUAUUGAUUGCUGAGCUGCAGCUUCAGUUCUAAAUUAUGAAAGAUUUUUCGAUAUGCUGAAUAUAUUGUAAUCACUUGUGAGCUUUAACUUGCUUGACCAAAGAUUUUCUUUUUACUAAAGAUAUUCUAAACAUUAAUGAGCUAUAAAAAAAUCGUUGUAAUUAAACAAAAUAAUCUUACUGAUUCAAUCUGCUUCAUUCUGUGUGUGGAAAAUAUCUUGUUUGUUGUAAUGCCUUCAUCAGAUGUUAAAACUAGUGCACAAUAGCAUCAUCUUUGUAUUAAAUUUGAUAUGUUAUUGAAAAGAGUGCCUUACUUUAUUAUUACAUUUUUUUACAGUUUGACUAUGAUGUAUUAUGAGCCCAUGCAGAGCUGUCAGAUUUAUGUUUAGAGAGAGUUUGAGCAACUUUGCAAUGAUGCCAAUUUACUUCAAAGUCAAAUCUUAUUAUGUCAUAACUUUCUAAUUUCAAAUCUGAUUUUGAUGAAAGUUUCAGUGUUGUGCCUGUUUGAUUGAGUUUUUUUUGGUCUCGUCUGCAAAGCAGAGCCAGACUAUAGACGCCACUUUUCUGACGGCGGCAGCGGCGUCAACAUUGAAAUCUUAACCAAGGUAAAGUUUUUGAAAUGCUGUCAUAACUCAGAAAGUAUAUGAACCUAGUUCAUGAAACUUAGACAUAAGGGUAAUAGUGUAUCACUGAACAUCCUGCCUGAGUUUCAGGUAACAUAACCAGGGACAAUUAAAGGUCACUUAGGAUCAACAAACUUUGACCAUGUCGGGGGUAUUUGUGGAAUUGUCAUCAUAACUAAAAAUGUAUGGAUCUAGUUCAUGAAACUUAGACAUGAGAGCAAUUAAGUAUCCCUGAAAUCCUGUGCAAGUUUCAGGUCACAUGAUCAAGGUCAAAGGUCAUUUAGGGUCAACGAACUUCGAUAAUGUUCAGGGUAUUUGUGGAAUUGUCAUCAUUACUUUAAAAGUUCAUAGAUCUACAUGUAGUUCAUGAAACUUGGACAUAAAGAGUAAUCAUGUAUCCCUGAAUAUUCUGUGCACGUUUCAGGUCACAUUACCAAGAUCAAAGGUCAUUUAACGUCAAUGAAUUUUGGCCGUGUUGGGGGUAUCUGUUGAAUUGGCAUCAACUUCAGUUUAUGGAUCUACACAUGUAGUUCAUGAAACAUAUACAUAAGGGUAAUCAAGUAUGUUUUUUAUGUCUUCGGUCACAUGAUCAUGGUCAAAGGUGACGUGGGUCAAUGGAUAUAGUACAUGUAUUUUAUUAUCAUAUGUGUUUUCUUUUAUGAAUAAUUAUGCAAUAGCUGUUUUCAAAGUCAGCACUGCUGUAAUUGCGUAAUGCAGGCGAGACUGCCAGAGGCGUUCCACUUGUUUUUAAUUUCAUAUAAAUAUUUUUGUUGGGGUGGAUUUCCAUUUUAAAUAGCAUUAAAUGUGUUAGAGAAUUAUAGUAUGAAUGAGACCAUUGCAGUGGUAAAGAAUAUUUCUGUUUAUCAUGUGCAGUGUACAUGUAUAAAGACUAGAAGGAGCAAGAUUGCAUGUAGUCAACCAUAGUGGAGAUCAAUUUCAAUCUUACCAUCAUUAUUAGUUUUAAGUUUAACUGCAAUAGUAAAUUUUACUUUUAAGAUAAAUUCAUUCCAUUUUUAAUUUUGUAUGUACUUCAUCUGUUUGAUAAAAAUUUUCUAUUUUAUUGUAGUACUUUUCUCGUGUUUUAGUUUCAUCUAAUUGAAACGAUGAUGAAUUUCUAA